AUGGCAACAGUCAAUGAAUCAAAUAUAUGUUCAAUGUGUAAUAAAUCUUCAGCUAAAUAUUUUUGUGUUGGAUGUAAAAAAUAUUUUUGUCUGAAAGAUUUAAAAGAACAUGAACAACAAUUAUCAAUAAAGUUUGAUUAUGAAGUCAUAAGAUCUCAUGAUGAACUUCUGGAUCAAAUACAAAAAUUAGAAAAAUCAAAUUAUUUAUCAUCAAAUCUUUUUAAUCAAAUUGAACAAUGGAAAAAAAUAACAAUUAAAAAAGUUGAAAAAGCAGCAGAAAAAGCUCGACAUAAUCUUAUUGAAUUAAUUGAUAAACAAAAAAUACAAAUAAUAAAAGAACUUGAAACAAUUACAAAAGAAAUUCGUUAUCGUCGAGAAGAAGAAAAUUUUCUUGAAAAUGAUAUUGAUCAACUUAAUCUAAAAAUUAAUCAAUUACAAAAAACAUUGAAAAUAUUUAUUCGAAAAGAUAAAACUAAAACAAUUAUUGUUGAUAAUGAUCAAAUUGAUUGGAAUAAAAUUAUAUAUAUACGAGAAGAACAACUAAACUCAACACUUUUACGCAGUGCUUAUAUCAAUGCAAAUGCUAAAUGGAUACAAAAUGGAGUUUCUAUAGCUGGAGGAAAUAGAGAAGGUAUUUUAAUGAAUCAACUAUGCAAUCCAUUUGGUUUGUGUGUUGAUGAUGAUCGAACUGUCUACAUUGCUGACUGUUGGAAUCAUCGUAUUGUGGAAUGGAAAUAUGGUGCAAGAACUGGUCGAGUUGUUGCCGGUGGAAAUGGGAAAGGAAACCAUGCUAAUCAAUUGAAUUAUCCAACGGAUGUGAUUAUUGAUAAAGAAAGAAAUAGUCUUAUCAUUUGCGAUUACAAUAAUAAAAGAGUAGUUCGAUGGCCUCGUCAAAAUAGUACACAUGGAGAAACAAUCAUUUCCAAUGUUGGAUGUUACGGAUUGACAAUGGAUGAGGAUGGAUAUCUCUAUAUUGUUGACCUCGAUGAACAUGAAGUUAGACGAUAUCGAAUAGGAGAAAAUCAAGGAACAGUGGUUGCAGGUGGAAAUGGACAAGGAAAUCGUCUUGAUCAGUUGUCUGGUCCCACAUACAUAUUUGUUGAUCGAGAUCACUCAGUGUAUGUAUCCGAUUACAAUAAUCAUCGUGUAAUGAAAUGGAUGGAAGGUAAGAAACAAGGUAUUGUUGUAGCUGGUGGUCAAGGUCGAGGAAAUAAUCUUUCACAAUUAUCAAAUCCUGAGGGAAUCAUCGUGGAUCAAUCAGGUACUCUUUAUGUGGCUGAUUGUUCGAAUGAUCGAAUCAUGCGUUGGUCUCAAGGAGCCACACAAGGUAAUGCUAUCAUUGGUAGAAAUAGUCAAGAAAGUCAAUUAAAUCAACUAUUCCUCCCUGUCGGUUUGUCAUUUGAUCGAGAGGGCAAUCUCUAUGUGUGCGAUCAAGAAAAUAAUCGAGUACAAAAAUUCAACAUAGAGCACAAUUGA